UAUGUCAUGCCGACGCCAUAUUGGAUUUUGUAGUUCUCGGAAAAUCUUCGCUUCGGCUGCUAGCAGUUUUGGCUCGAGGAAAUGGCGCGACCUACUAUAAAAUCGUUUAAUUGGAGCGCUCUUGCCGAAAGGGUCGCCGAAAGUGACAAGAAUUUAUACGCCGCUUUCAAAUCAAAGUCUGACCAGUACUUGCGACGGGUACAAGUUAAUCCAGAAAGUCCUCCAAAAUUCGACUGGACAUUUUACAAGAAGAACAUUCCCUUGGCUGGGAUGGUUGACAGGUUUCAGAAAGAGUACGAGUCGUUAAAGGUGCCGUAUCCUCCGGAUAACUAUACUGUAAAGUUAUCCGAGUUGGAGAAAGACUACUCCAGUAAGAUAGACAACUUCGUUAAGGAAUCCAAUGUACGCAUAGAAGAAUACCGUCAAAAAGCUGACAAGUUGAAGAACCAGAUUCCUUAUGCCCAGAUGACUAUGGAAGACUUUAAGGAUAUUCAUCCCGAGGAAGCUCUUGACCCUCUUAAUAACCCGACCUUCUGGCCUCAUACGGAAGAGUAUCAGAGCGAGUACAUAGAUAAAAUGAAGCCUGAGGAUGAAUGAAUUGGUAUUUCACCUCGUGUGCAGUAGUUCAGAUUUAUUUGUGCUACAAUGUACUACCGUACACCAUGUAAAUGAUUCGAUCGAAACAGGAGAGACUAUGUAAGGUUUGCUCGUGUUUCUGCAUGAGCUCUGAGCUGAACAAGAUACUGCUAUAGUUACAUCGCAGUUUAUACUACUCCAUAAUAAAUGUAUCAAACGUUGUGCUCCA